AUGAGCGACACGGCCGCGCCGCCUUCAGUUCUCGACAGCAGCCCCGCCGCGACUGCCGUUGACUUGCCAGCGAAGACACCGCCGAACCCACCACCGACGACCACGACGUCGUCAUCCUCGCCCAAACCCCUUCGGCACACGCCCGCCCACAUUGAGAGCACCACCAAACUCGCGAGAAAUGUCUCCCCGGGCCUGCUGGCACGCAUGAAAUUCCUCAACCAGAUCGCCGACACCAACAACAAGAGCGCCGUCGACGUCGGCCGCAUCGAGGAGGACCGCCUGCGCCGCCUGGACGAGUUCCGCAAAGCCCGCAGCCUCGAAGUCGAGCGCCGCGGUACUGCGUGGUCCGGAAAGGCUGGUCAGGCUCCCGCCGCUGGAGAGACGCCGCUCGUGCCUCAGUCGACCGGCGAGAGCGUGCCCACGCUGGUGAUGGAGCCCGACUUUGACAGCGACCACAGCAGCGUCGUCAGCACCAGCGAUAAAGUUCUCCCCUCUGAGUCAGAAGCCGAAAUAGAGCUCGACCUGCAAAAGUACCGCCUGCCCGACGUCACCAAGUCGGAAAAAGCACUCAGCGGCACCAUUACCGCUGCUGAGCCCGAACCCGCGCCCGCACCGCCCGCCGAACCAGCACCCACAGUCGCGCCUGCCAAACCAGAACCUGUCGCGCCUGCCGACCCUGAGCCCACCGCACCUGCCGACCCUGAGCCCAUGGCCGCGCCUACUCCCCCACCCAAAGACACGCCACCCCUACCCGCCCCCGUACCCGAAGAGGAGCCAUCCGUCCUCGACGACAACAAUGGCAUCGACAUCGCGUCCUACUUCGAGAAGCGCCACUACCCCCGCGCCAACUCCAUCUACACCCUCUCCAAGGCCAGCUUCACCAACCAGAUCCAGCAGCUGACUUCGAUGAAGCUGCCGCCCACAACCAUCGCCUCCGAAAUCACCGCCCUCCCGACUUCCACCCAGGCCGGACGCGCACUCCACAAGGCAGCCAACGACAUCCGCCUAUGGAUAUCCAAGACGAAGGAGGUCCUCAGCGGCCUCGACGCCGACGAUGACGUAGAGUGGGCCGCAGCUGCCGGAAGAGAAGGCCUGGAGGAGGUGGAUGCCGCCAUCGGCAAGUUCGAAGGGCUCGUCAACGUCUACAUUAGCGCAAUAGAAGACCUGCAGUCGCGUUCCGACAUUGCGCUCCUGCCCACAAAAGACCAGACGACGCUUGUCAGCCAGAUGGAGGACAUCGUCAUGAACUGGGGCGAGAUCAAGCAGACGCUCAAGAACAUCAAGAACCAGGUCGAGGUCGCCAUGGAGUGGGAAGAGCUGUGGAACAACGUGCUUGGCGAAAUCGGCGCCGAGGUCAGAAACCUCAGUCGUCUGAUCUUUGAGAUGGAGGAGCGCAGACACCGCGUCAUCUCCGACUCAGUCGCCGAAGCCCCCGAGAAGUUUGACAUUUCCGAGCUCGAAACCGUCGUUGAGGUAAUCCCCCGGAAGCAGUCGAUAAUCAACAGCAAGCGGCUUAGUAUGCCGCCCAGUCUAUCCAUCGUCUCGCCCACCUCGCCCAUCCCGCAAAUCGAACAAGAGAAUUCGCGACUGCUAGCCCUCUUCGCCAAGCUACAGCCACUGCGUGCUUCGCUCGACUUCCUCCCUAUGCGACUCAGCGCCUUCCAGAUGCGCGCGAGCACCAUCUUUCCUUCCGCCUGUGACGAACUGGUACGGAGGAAGGAAUCGCUAGAAGAGGAAGAGGCUAAGCUCGAAGCCGAUGCUGAUGCGCUGAGGCAAGAGCUGGGCGAGGACAAAUGGGUGCACAGCUUCCGUCAAGCUCACAGCAAGGCUGCUGCCAUGUACGACUCGUGCAUGAAGAGCAUCGAAAGACUGCAGCAAGCUAUUGAGGACAGCGACGAGGAGAAGCUGGCUACGCGCAUCGCCACCUACAAAGACAAGCGAGAUCACUACCCUCCGUCUAUGAGGCGCGUGCUUGAGCUCAUCGAUAUCGAGAUGAAGCACAGGUCCACAGUCAACGGUGAGAUCCUGCGUAUCCAAAAAGACGUCCGCGCAAAGGUGGAGGACUUGGAAGACGUGACUGGAAACACGGACAUCAUCUUGAACGACUUCACCACAUCGCGAAAGCUUCGCGACUCAGUCUCCACUGUGCUAACAGAGGGCUCCUUACCACAGUCAAGCCUUGACACACCAGGCACAUCCCCCGCUUCGAGUGUCGUCAUGAGCCGUAAGAGUAGUGGACAGCGGCCUUCCAUCACUCCAGUAAGCAAGAAGCCUCGUCAGUCCAGUGUUGCGAGCUUGAAAUCGUCGGCCCCGCCCAACCGGCGAUACUCCAGCAUACCACUGGGUGCUGAGAGUGUCGCUUCUCGCAAAUCUACACUCGAGCGUUCCGCACGUUUGGACUUUACACCUUCCCGCGCCAUGGCUGGCACCGCAGCUAGUCAAGCCCGCGCGAAGACGCCGACCGAUAGGCCUGGGCCCAAGCCCCGGUGGAACUCGGACACGCACAUGCGCGAUACUGUCGUCGGACACAACUUUAAGCCCUUGACUCUGACUACGCCUUCGCCCUUCCGGAAAGACGAAUCACCCGACGGAUCGCGACUGGGCUCAGCAAGCCCAGCGCUCUGCUCGAUUGAUGCCAAGCCCAAUGAACUCCUCUCCCGUUACUCCUGCCAAGGGCAAGCUGCCGAUACGAUCAACGCCCCUGUCUUCCUCAAGUACAAGUACGCCAGCGUCUAG